AUGACACUUGUUGUUAGAUUUGUUGAUAAGCAUGGAUUUGUCAAAGAAAGGCUAAUAGAUGUUGUUCAUGUCAAAGAUACUACUUCUGCUACUCUAAAACAAGAGAUUUAUUCUCUAGCUUUUGUUGCCGCGGCUAAAGAAGUUGUUGAUAUUCAUGCUUUUUUCCAAAGUUUGAGUAAUAUUAUCAAUGUUGUGUGCUCUUCUUGCAAACGCAAUGAUGAAUUACGAUCUGCUUAUGCAACUGAAAUUUCCCAUUUAGUUGCAACUAAUCAAAUUGAAACAAGAAGGGGAGCAAAUCAAAUUGGCACAUUAAAAAGAUCAGGAGAUACUAGGUGGAGCUCUCACUUCAACUCAAUUUGUAGCCUUUUAUGUAUGCUUAGAGCAACAACUUCAGUUCUGGAAGAUUUGGCUACUAAUGGAUCUAUAUAUUCUCAACGUGGUGAUGCUACUUAUGCUCUUAAAUCUUUAUUAUCAUUUGAUUUUGUUUUCAUUUUGCAUAUGAUGAAAGAAAUUAUGGGAAUUACUGAUAAACUUUGUCAAGCAUUGCAACAAAAAUCUCAAGACAUUUUAAAUGUUAUGCAUCUGUUAAGAGAUAGUAGUUGGGGAGCACUUUUGGAGAAAGUUAGUUCUUUAUGCAAUGAUCAUGCUAUUCAGAUACCUGAUAUGGGUGCUUCUUUUAGUGACAUAAUUCGGUCUCGUCGUAAAAAGGAUGUUGUCACUGUUGAACACCACUAUCGUGUUGACAUUUUUACUAGCGUGAUAGAUUUUCAAUUGAAAGAGCUAAAUAGUAGAUUUAGUGAGCAAGCAACCAAGCUCCUCAUAUUGAGUACAUCUUUAGAUCCUAAAGAUGCUUUCAAGUUAUUCAGUAUUUGCAACAUAUGCAAUCUUGCAAAGAAUUUCUAUUCUUUAGAUUUUUCUGAGCAAGAAAAGAUUCAAUUGGAUUAUGAAUUACAACAUUAUGAACUUGAUGUGGUUAAAGCUCCAGAUUUUCAGAAUUUGUCUACUCUUGCUGAAUUUAUUGUAAAGGAUAAUGAUUCAGAGUGUGAAGACGAUGGAACAAGUAAAGAAAAUCCCAAAUCUGUGCAAAAUGAAGAAUCUGUCAGUCCGGUUUUAUCUCGUCAGAUCGAAGGAGAAACUUCCAUUUUGUCUCCUGAGCAGACACAAGAAACUGAAACAGAAAGCAGGAGACAAAUUUCAGGAUGUGUUGAACGGGCCAUGAUACAGGGGGAGACUGAACUGAAGUUAAUUAUUGUGUGCCCCACCAAAUCUCUUUGA